CCUAGUUUGUUAACUAUAUUUGCUUGUUCUUCUUCUAACAAAAUGGCUUCUUCUUCUAUGGUAGUUUUAGUCGUGGGUUACCUUCUUUUGGUUUCUCUAGGGAGUUCAAAUGCCCAAUUAACUACAAACUUUUACUCCAAUUCUUGUCCUAAUUUAUAUUCAACAGUGAAAUCAGUCGUACAAUCUGCUAUCAACAAGGAGGCUAGGAUGGGCGCUUCUCUCCUUCGAUUGUUCUUCCAUGAUUGCUUUGUCAACGGAUGUGAUGCAUCACUAUUACUAGACGACACCUCAAGUUUUACGGGUGAAAAAACUGCACAACCCAAUCUUGGAUCAGUUAGAGGAUUUGAAGUGAUCGACCAAAUAAAGACCGCUGUUGAAAAAGCUUGUCCGGGAAUCGUCUCAUGUGCAGAUAUCUUAGCAAUUACUGCUAGAGACUCUGUAGUCAUUCUGGGUGGGCCAACAUGGAAUGUGAAGCUAGGCAGAAGGGAUGCUAAGACCGCUAGCAAAUCCGCCGCAACAAAUAAUAUUCCACCACCAACUUUUAGUCUCAGUCAACUUAUCUCUAGUUUCGCAAAUCAGGGCCUUUCAACAACCGAUAUGGUCGCACUAUCAGGCGCCCACACAAUCGGACAAGCAAGGUGCACAAAUUUUAGAAGUCGCAUAUACAACGAGAGCAACAUUGAUGCAUCAUUCGCUCAAACAAGACGUGCAAACUGCCCAAGCUCAACAAACUCAGGAAACAACAAUUUAGCGCCUUUGGACCUUCAAACCCCAACUCAUUUUGAUAACAACUAUUACAAAAACGUUGUUAACCAAAAGGGUCUAAUGCACUCAGACCAACAAUUGUUCAGUGGUGGUUCUACCAACGCACUUGUUCAAACUUAUAGCAGCAAUCCUAGCAGAUUUAAUUCUGAUUUCAUAUCCGCUAUGAUCAAAAUGGGAGAUAUUAAGCCGCUUACCGGAUCCAAUGGCGAGAUCAGAAAGAACUGUAGGAAGACUAAUUAAGGAAUUGUGACCAUACCUUUAGGUUAUACUACUAGCACAAUUUGACAUUAUGUUUGGUUCUUAUAAUAUGUUUUGCAAGUAAUAUUAAUAGUGAUCAAGUAUAUCCUACAAGUCUAAAGUUUUAUUAUAGUGUUUAAAUUGUAUAAUUGUCAAUGAUUGAGUUUAAAUUUGAGCAUGCAUCGAAGAAGUACUAUUUUGAUUAGAAAAAUUUGUUUUGAAUAAUUUAAUUUAUUUUUAAUUACCUGUUAAUAAUCUCACCUUUUAAAAAAUUUUGUAAUAA